AUGGAUUGUUCCCCCGCGGAAACAACACGCAUUAGGUCGGAAAACCACCAGCCGCUAUGCGACCAAAUGUGUUGGUGGGCUUCCCUGGGUGCAUUUGACGCUUUGACUCGUGGGUUCGGCGUAUGGGUUGUGACGGGGAGGGGGCUACUGGGCUACCAAGCGGGCCUUAAUUGGUUUCGGGGCGUCUGCAAGGUCGACGGCUCCUCCUUCGUCCUGCUCUGCGACGGCGCUCUCCCCGGCGAGCGCCUCGUGGCUCGCGUCCGUCGCCUCCGCCGCGGCGCCUUCGCCGAGGCCGCCAAGCUAAAGACCCUCUCGCCCCACCACGACGCCGUCGAGGCCCCCUGCCCCCUCGCCGCCGACUGCGGCGGCUGCAAGAGCCAGUCCCUCGCCUACUCUGCGCAAAUCCACCACAAGUACGUCCAGGUCCGCGACUUGCUGGUAAAUUUCGGCAAGUUUGACCCCAGAAAGCUGGAGAGCUCGGAUUCAGAUGCCAUCCUUAAGCCCAUCGUGCCGUGCGAUGAGAUAUUUCGAUACAGGAACAAGAUGGAGUUCUCGUUUGGGACGAAGAGGUGGAUGAAAAGGGAGUGGAAGGAGGAGAAAGAGGAGGUGUCUAAGGGGGAAGAGGUGGAGACUGAUGGUUAUUCACUUGGACUCCAUGCACCAGGGUUCUUUGACAAGGUGCUUCAUGUUGAGACGUGCUUGCUGCAUAGUGAGCCGGCAGAUCAGGUUCUUGCAGUUGUUCAAGGAAGUUGGACGGAUCCGGCUCUUGGCCUCACGCCUUACGAUGUCUACAAGCACACUGGGUUUCUCAAGCAUCUAAUGAUACGAACUGGAAGAAAUGUCAGCACUGGAGCUCCAGAAUUGAUGGUCAAUUUUGUGACAUCAUGUUAUAAACCUGAGCUACUGGUGCCUCUUGUGGAUAGAAUCACAAAAAUAUCUGAAGUGGUAAGUGUCGUAAAUAAUGUGAAUACAUCUGUUGGCAAUACAUCCGUGGGUGAGCAAGAAUAUACCUUGUACGGGAAACCGACCAUUACAGAGAUGUUGAGAGGACUUACAUUCCAGAUAUCUGCCAACUCCUUUUUCCAGACUAAUACAAAACAGGCUGAUGUUCUUUAUAAGCUUAUUGAAGAUUCUGCUGGGCUUAAAGGAGAUGGCUCUGAGAUUGUUCUUGACUUGUUUUGUGGAACUGGAACCAUUGGGCUGACUCUUGCUAGAAGUGCAAAGCAUGUUUAUGGAUAUGAAGUUGUCCCUGAAGCCAUCGCGGAUGCCCAAAAGAAUGCUCAGUUGAAUGGUAUUAGUAAUGCUACAUUUGUUCAGGGAGACCUUAACAAAAUCAGCGAAACAUUUGGCAAGGAAUUUCCAAAGCCUGAUAUAAUCAUAUCAGAUCCUAAUCGGCCAGGGAUGCACAUGAAGUUAAUCAAGUGGCUGCUAGAAGUCAAAGCCCCUCGAAUAGUGUACGUCUCUUGUAAUCCAGCUACUUGUGCACGGGAUUUGGACUACCUAUGUCAUGGCGUGGAAGAGAAAGGCCUGAGUGGGUGCUACGAGCUGAAGCGUGUAAUACCUGUCGAUAUGUUUCCCCACACUCCUCAUAUUGAGUGUAACCAUCCUUCUACUUGUGGUUCAGAGAUUCAUAUUCUGAAAUGGGGUACACCUAUUUUUGAUGUAGAGUAUAAUAUCCACGCGCAUAUCUCAAGCAGAAGGGGCCCUGGAACUAUGAGCGCCCUACAGAAGGACUCUGGGAAGAUCUUCGACAGUUGUCGAGGUUCUGUUCAUUGUUGCAGGCAGGGAUGCAUUAUGUAA